UGAAGUAUCCAGUACUGAGAAGAAAUUCGCUGUUGCGGGCUCGAGGUGAGUUAGUAUUUUAGUUUUGUGAUGCUUUUCUGCUGCAGAGCGACAAAAUCCUGCGAGGCAAAGACCGUAGGUCCAUUGACAAACGUCUGUACCGCUGCAUUCUCAUGGCGGCAACCUCCCAGCUGUUUCGGGUAAUCCAUAUCACAGGGUUUGGUCGUACUAAAGUGCCAUCCGUUUUUUGCUUAGGGGUCAAUCAUCCAUGCAAGAGUCUCUACCGACAAAAUGCAACUUCAGAUCCAAGUCAGCCCCUGUUGCGGAGUUACAGGACAUCAGCUGCACAGCUCACAUACUACCUCACACCACCUCAAGUGAACAGCAUCUUAAAGGCCAAUGAGUACAGCUUCAAAGUGCCUGAGUUUGAUGGCAAAAACCUCAGCUCAGUCAUGGGAUUCGAUAGUAAUCAACUCCCAGCCAAUGCACCCAUUGAGGACCGGCGCAGUGCAGCAACAUGCUUGCAGACACGUGGUAUGCUCUUCGGCGUUUUCGAUGGGCAUGCAGGCUGUGCCUGUGCACAGGCGUUAAGUGAGAGGCUCUUCUACUACAUUGCUGUGGCCAUGCUGCAGCAGGAGACUCUUGCCGAGCUGGAGAACGCUUUGGAGAGCGGGAGGGCCCUUCAGCCUAUCUUGCAGUGGCACAAGCACCCAAAUGACUACUUCAGCCGAGAGGCGUCAAGUCUUUAUUUUAACAGCUUGCGCACCUAUUGGCAAGAGUUGCUGGACCUAAGCAUACCUGGUGAACACCCUGAGGUCUCUGAGGUUUUGGCGAGCGCCUUCAAACGCCUGGACAAUGACAUCUCUUUGGAGGCACAGGUGGGGGAUGCCAAUGCCUUCCUGCACUAUUGGGUGUUACGCGUAGCCUUCUCAGGUGCUACAGCAUGUGUGGCUCACGUAGAUGGUGCUGAUUUACACGUGGCAAACGCGGGUGAUGGCCGUGCUGUUCUGGGAGUGCAGGAGCCCGAUGGUUCAUUCUCGGCACUAACCCUUUCCAAUGACCACAACGCACAGAAUGAGGCAGAGGUUCAACGCGUCCGUGCUGAGCACCCACACACUGAGGCCAAGACGGUGGUGAGGCAGGACAGACUACUAGGUCUCCUCAUGCCGUUUCGUGCAUUCGGUGAUGUCAAGUUCAAGUGGAGCGUGGAACUGCAGCGGCGCGUGCUUGAGUCCGGCCCAGACCAGCUUCACGAGAACGAGCAUGCCAAGUUUGUGCCGCCCAACUACCACACGCCACCUUAUCUGACAGCGGAGCCUGAGGUGACAUAUCAUCGGCUUCGGCCACAAGACCGUUUCCUGGUACUCGGUUCGGAUGGAUUGUGGGAGACGCUGCACCGGCAAGAGGUUGUGCGUAUUGUGGGUGAGCACUUGACUGGAGUGCGCCAGCAGCAACCCAUCAGCGUGGGUGGUUACAGGGUCACGCUGGGCCAAAUGCAGGGGCUUCUGCAGGAAAGAAAAGCGCGCGUCUCCUCUACUUUUCAAGACCAGAACGCAGCAACACACCUGAUUCGCCAUGCUGUAGGCAGUAAUGAAUUCGGCAUGGUGGAUCACGAGAGGCUAUCCAAGAUGCUCAGCUUGCCGGAGGAGCUAGCACGCAUGUACAGAGAUGAUAUCACCAUCAUUAUAGUGCAGUUUAACCCACACGUCAUAGGAGCUCAGCAGAACUGAAUGUACUAUAUUCCUUACUUCUGUUACGCUCCUUUUGUAAACAAAUAUGCAUAUUUAAUGAGCCAUAUGGUAGUGGUGGGGAUGGAGUUUGUGUGCGGGUGUCAGGGUGGGUGUAGGGGUAACACAUCAUGCUGUAGUAUUAUAUUUAUGUAUCCUAAUCACAUUUCCUUCUGCAGUUGUCUGAGAUAAGUAGUACAGUAAGAAUGUGAAGUGAAAAAUUUUAAGUGAAGUUGACUUGGUUUUUAUCAUUCAUGCUGCUUCCUGAUGACAUUAAAGCCAAAAACAAAGGAGAAUAUUACCAUUUUCAUAUUACCUAAUAUUGCAAAUGGAGCUCUGAAAUAAUUGUUAGUAUCAGAUAAUUAUUGUAGUUAUUAUAAGUUCCUUAAACACUGAUGCAAAUUAUCAGCUAAAUUUAGGGGUAGUUCAGUGGUUAAAGUAUUGGACUACGGUUCGCAUGGUCCCAUGUUCAAAUCCCACAACCACCAAGUUGUCCCUGUUGGGCCUUUGAGCAAGGCCCUUAACCCUCAACUGCUCAGAUGUGUAAUGAGAUAAGUAAGUCGUUCUGGAUAAGAGCGUCUGCCAAAUGCCUAAAUUCCCUGUAAGGGAAAGAUUGUUCAUUCAUUUUUUUAAACCUACAUAAAACUUUGUAUUAGACAUUAUAUGAGCCUUAAAAAAAAUUCAGUGCAUCUUCGCAUUGAGUGGGGUAAUGGUUAAUGCAGAUUACGCAGUAUAACCCGUUUAUUACUAGUAAAAUCAUGAUUGUCACCAUGAUCUUAAUCAAGAGCUGUCUUUGAGAUAGAUGGUGCAGUUCUUUUGUGUUAAGUAUUUUGGCAUCUGUUUUUAGUAGUGUAAUAAUAAUGAGAAGAAAAAUUAUAAUAAUAAUAAGUAGUUUUAUCAAAUGAAUGGCCAAAAUAAAGUAUUUUAUUUAUCAAUAUUUGGUAAUAGCAGAAUCAAAGUAUACAUGCAUGGUCCUUGUUGUAGUACUAUGAGAAUUCAGGCAUUCAUGGUCUGUAUCAUUGAGGGAUUUUGAUUACAGUUAGUUACUGAUAUUCACUAGGAAUCAACAGUAUUUUUGUGUAUGAAUGCAUAACUCUAGACUCUUGAUCUUUAUGGACAAACAUAACAUUCAUUCAACGAAAUGCAUUGUUUUGUGGACUGGACAUUUGUUCAUCGUCUCUACAGAAUGAAUGUCAUAUCGGAGGGUAAAUGCACAGCAGGCCAGCUGUUAUUUCUCUUGUGCUUGUAAUGUGCAAUGUGACUGCAGACAGCAAAUGCCCUUCAGUCCAGUAAGUGUUACAGUUUUGCUUGUUUGUAGUAGGUCAAAAUAAAUUUAGCUUUGAUUUCCAACUGAUAGCAUUAGCUUCACUGUGCCGCAGUUAACUGAAAUAGAAAUUUUAACAGCUUUUGACAGACGCACCUAAAUGUAAACGACAUUUAAAUUAUAAACUGCCUUGUGUAAUUUUUUAA